CCGUUAAAUCGCGGGGGCUCAGAAGCGGCGGUUGGGCGGCUCGAAAUGGGCUGUCUGAUGGGGCUUUCGCCACCUCAGAAGAAAGAGGCGUUGGUUAUCCGCUUUUCAGUAAAAUGAUUUAUUUUCUGGCCUCCCCCCCCAACCUCAGAAGCAAUGGCACAGCCCUUUGAAUAUUUUGAGGGAGGAACAAAAAAUGGGGGAGUCUAAAUUGAAAAAUGGGUGUCACGUGAGACGGCGUCUCAAGAGAAAUUCAUUCGGAAGCGUAAUGAAGAGAUGUGCACACCGUACACUUCCGAGACUAAAUUUCAACGUUUGACUAUGAACAGGAAGGAGGAAGCAGAAUGUGCAAGAGUUGUCCAACUCCUCAGUUCAGGUUCUUCAAAAACUCCGGAAACUGCACCCCUUCGACAGGCGGCGUUUGCAUAAGUCCAUUUAUACUAGGGCAACUCAUCCCCCCCCUCCCAAAAAAAACCAUCAAGGCUUCCGGUUCCUGCAAAAGGUAGUUGGGCCUUUCACGUCCGGUUCGCGUUUCCCGAAGAGGAGAGAGCAUGGAGGCGAAAGUUGGCGUUCAUUCCGGCAAGAUGCCGACUCGAAAAAGACCUCGGCUGGGAGAGGAUCGGCUUGAAGUGACCGUUGUUUCCGAAGAGGACGUCCGCCGUGCUCACCACUUGGCUCUUCUGGCGGAAAAGCCGGCCUCGGAGCGUGGCCUGGAGGAGCUGGUCUUCGGCGGGGUGGAGGAAGACGAAGGUCUGCUGCUGCGGCGGUUUCAAACCUCGUGCGCCCAGGGUGGUGAUGUGGUUAGUAGUAACUUUGUAGAAGAAUCAGACGAUUCUGAAGCGGAGAAUGAUACAGAAGACAACUUCCUUCCACUGAAAAAGCCAGCAUGGGUAGAUGAAGAUGAUGAAACUGAAGAAAUAAUUGACAUGACACACCGGCAUCGGAAAGACAUGAUGAAAAGUGAUGCAGAAAAUAAGCUUUCGAAAACAAAACUUCAGAGAAGAUUUCAAGAAGAAUUUCAAGGUGCUAUGGGAACAACUCCUUCUUGGGCACUGAGAGGCACGAAGAAUAAAACCAAAAGGAAAACCACACACGAAGGUGACACUGAGGAUGAAGAGGAGGAGGAUCUGUUGCACAAGACAGGCAAUUUUGUGAUCAUGUCAGACUCUUUACCAAAAGGCAUUUUACAGAUGAAAAAUUGUUUGCACGCCAAUAAUGAACGGGUAUCAGAUGCCAAAUUAACAACUGUUCAGUUUCAUCCUGCUGCUCAAGUUGUUAUGACAGCUGGGCAUGAUCGAUCUAUAUCACUAUUCCAGGUGGAUGGUAUCACAAAUCCACAGAUACAGAGCAUUCACUUGGAAGACUUUCCAAUUUACAAGGCACGUUUCAGUGCAGAAGGAGAACAAGUUAUAGCUACUAGCAUUCAUAACAAGCUAUUUUAUAUAUAUGACAUGAUGGAAGGAAAAAUUAUUCCUAUAAAUCAUAUCAGAGGCUUAGAGGAGAAGAUUGUCAAAAAAUUUGAAGUAUCUCCAGAUGGAACAUUCCUGCUGCUUACUGGAACAUCAGGUUAUCUUCAUUUGAUUACAAUGAAGACAAAAGAAUUUGUUGGAAGCAUGAAAAUAAAUGGAAAGGCUAUUGCAUCAUCAUUCUCUCCAGAUGGCAGCAGAAUCUACACACAUUCUGAUGAGGGUGAAGUCUUCAUAUGGGAUGUGAAAAGCAGGCGGUGUCUGAACAAGUUUACUGAUGAAGGUUGUCUGCAUGGUACUUCUAUUGCAGUCUCUAAAAACAGCCAAUAUAUUGCAUGUGGUUCUAAUUCUGGAGUUGUGAAUGUGUAUGCCCAUGAUGAUUGUAUCAGAGAAACAUGUCCUAAGCCUCUUAAGGCUAUAAUGAACUUAGUCACACCUGCUACAUCGUUAGUAUUCAACCCAACCACUGAAAUACUAGCAAUGGCUUCUAAUAGAAUUGAUGAUGCAUUGAAACUGGUCCAUAUUCCUUCACUUACAGUAUUCUCAAAUUUUCCUGUGUUCAGGAGAAAGUUGUUUUAUUUAGCUUACUGUAUGGAUUUCUCACCUAGAAGUGGAUAUUUUUCCAUAUCAAACAACAAAGGCAAAGCUUUACUGUAUAGGUUGAAACACUACUCUGAUUUCUAAAAUGAUUACUUUAAAAUUAGGUAAGUAUUAAAUGAAGUAGGAGACUUGAAUUGUUGCAAACAUUGGAAAGGAUUUAUUUAAUCCUUGCAAAAAAUGUUUUCUUAUUUAUAUAUAACAAAAAUGCAGGAUUCUAGAAAUUGUACAAAAGCAUGAUAGAGAUUGAAGAAUAUCAAAUUUGAAACAGAUUAUAUAAUUAGAAUUAAAAUAAAAUAAUAAUGUGAGUUACCAUUCCUUUUUCUUUUUAUUCUUAAUAGUUUUUUUUUCUUUUGUCAUGAGGAUAAAUAUCUUUAAGGAAGCAGAAAAUAAAUAAUCCUAUAGUCCUAUAAGUAUCCUUCAAGCUGAUUUCUCCAGAGAAGUAGUUUUCUUUAAAAUAACAUGGGUGUGGUUUACUAUUCCCUCCAGUGGGAUUUUUUUUUAAUUUCUCAUAUUCCUUACAAGCCUGGAAUCCUUUUGGUUUGCCAUCCAAGUACUAAUCAAGUCAGACUGUGCUUAGCUUUUUGGUAUUGGCCAAGGACAAUUAAAUGUUGCCACCUAGCUUUAUAGAAUUAAAUAAUUAAAAGAGAUGCCAUUGGUAUUGAAUAUAUUUUGCAGAAGGAAUGCUCACACCUACCAAGUAGUUUGAGAUGGCUCAGCCUCAAUCAUUCCUUCACAAAAUAUAUUGAUCUCAUCAUUAAAACUAUUGCAACCUCUGAAGAGUGAGAUAUAUCAAUUUAAUAGCAAGGAGAUUUAUUAUUGUUAUUUGUGAUCUUAGAUUGAGUAUGACAUUCUCUUAAAAUUUUGGGGGGAUGAUUUGGGAUGGAAGUUACUGUAACCUAUUAAGAUAUUUAAUGGCCUACAAUUUCUUUUAAAUAAUCACAGCUAAUCUGUCCUUUUGGCUGAAACAUUUUGAGGAAAUUGGAAAAUAACACCCAACAGUUUCUCAUAAUGAAUCCUGUUAUUGGUUUAUCCUUACACAUAUAAAUUUCCUUACACAUAUAAAUUCAACAUAAGAAAUUAAUUCUUCAUUGCUAUCUCAAAACUUUGGAGAACUAAAAGACAACUUUGAUUGGCUCGAUGGAAUUUAAUAUGAAAAAUAGUUUUGGUUGAAAAAUUGUACCAAAAACAUAGAGCUUUGAAAUGAAAAACAAUGUAGGAUAAAAUUACUUAAAUCUGGUUACAGUUACAUUAACAGCACUUUUCCUAAGAAACCACCUUCAGCUGAACAAAUGUUAUUUUGGGAAGAAUAAUUGAAUAUGAAUGUUUAAAUGUCUGUAUUUGUCUUAAAAAUCACAUCUGUGUUUAUAUAUCUUUGUGUCCUAUCAUGUUUGUUUUUCUUACUGUUUUUCUUUUUAAACUCAUUAAUUAAAAUUAAAUUUAAAAACUAUGCUUCCUUACUUAUCAGUGAAUGUUAUUAGGACAAAUUUUAUUGCAGAUUAAAAGCUCUUUAAUUCCCAGAGUAUUUAAUCAGUGUAAGAAUAGUUGGAAUUAUCAUAAACUAUUCUUUUAUACAGGAAUUAUUUACA